AUGCGCGUGAAGGGUGAAGAGGUGAUGACGGCGAUGAUUGAGUUCGAUCUACUCGUGUUAGCUCAAGCACCUGCUGAAGUUUGCGAUCGUAGCUUCCCUGUCUUCCGACAACGGAAGACAGUGCCUUCCCUACUUGACGUGGCUGACGCAUCACCUUACGGUGGAACCAUUGUCCUCGCAGACAUCGUCUUCGCUUGCAACAUCGCCUCUGCUUCACGAGGUUCAUUGAUUCACAAUCACCAGACAUAG